GGGUGACCUCUUCGUAUUUCUUCAAAAUGGACCCUGACUGCCGAGCAUCUCUCCACAUGCCGUGCUCAAGCGCUUGUCCUCGGCGCCUCGGACGGAUCCAUCCAUCAAUUAGCUCGUCGAGACAACUGCCGUGAGUGGAUGGGUGGGGUAGCUCCACGGUCUGGUUGGGUUUGGGUAAGUAUGAUAAUGUGAUGCGACACGCGCAGUACCAAAUCUCUUAAAGCCUUGCUUCCCUCUGGACUUGUACGUUCUGUAACUAUACCGUUCUUCACAUACUCUCCAUAUUCACAAUGCCUCUCCCCUACGGCGUCUACCGCGCCGAUCACGUCGGCUCCUUCCUGCGCCCGAAAUCCGUCCUCGAGGCCCGCCAGAAGGCUGCCAACGGCGAGAUCUCCGCCGCCGACCUGCGCAAGGUCGAAGACGAGGCCGUCGCCCAGGUCGCUGAGAAGCAGAUUCAGAAUGGUCUCCGCUCAGUCACAGACGGCGAAUUCCGCCGCGCCUACUUCCACCUCGACUUCCUGAAGCACCUGGCGGGCAUCGAAGAAAAGGGGCAAGUCGGCAACAUCAGGCACAAGGAUGGGUUCAGCCCGCCAACUUUGGUAGUAAAGGACAAGCUCGGCCACCCGGAGGCCAUCCAGGUCGAUGACUUCAACUUCCUCGAGCAAGCCAUCAAGAACAAUGGGGGCGCCGCAACAACAAAAGUAUGCAUCCCCUCGCCCACAAUGGUGCACUUCCGCGGCGGCCGCGCCUCAAUCGACAUCUCUGCAUACCCCGACCUGGAUGUGUUUUUUGAGGACUUGGCGAGGGUGUAUCAGGAGGAGUUGAAUAGCUUGUAUGAAGCCGGGUGUCGCUUCGUACAGCUCGACGACACAAACCUCGCAUACCUGUGCGAUCCGGAUAUGCGCAAAGCCGCUGAGACGGAGCGGGGUGAGGAUUUGUCGGUUCUGCCGCGCAAAUACGCUGCGCUUAUCAACGCAGCUAUUUCUAAGAGGCCGAGCGAUAUGAAGAUCGGUAUCCAUCUAUGCCGCGGAAACUACAGGUCAAAGUGGUUCGCGAGUGGAGGCUACGAACCCGUCGCCGAAGUCCUGUUCAAGGAACUCAACGUCGACGCAUAUUUCCUCGAAUACGACGAUGCGCGGUCCGGCGACUUCUCACCCUUGCGCCACCUUCCUGAACACAAGGUCGUCGUUUUGGGUGUCAUGAGCUCGAAGAAGAAUGAGUUGGAUAACAAGGAGGAGAUCAUCGGGCGGUUGAAGGAGGCGGCGUCGAUCGCGCCCAAGGGGCUGGAUCAGUUGUGUUUGAGCCACCAGUGUGGGUUCUCGAGCACAGCGGAGGGCAACGAGUUGACAGAAGAGGAGCAGUGGGCGAAGGUGAGGCAGGAGGUCGAGAUUGCUAAGCAGGUCUGGGGCGAGGAUCUGAGCCAGUAGAGGCUGUGAGUUGAUGUUGGCCAGGAGUUGUGGCGCACACGAAAAGCGAUGAAGAUGGUGUAGAUUAUAGUCCCA